AUGAGAACCAACUUAGAAGUACCGUUAACAUCAUCCAUGAGUGAUGGCAAUCCGACUCUGCGUCAAGGUCACAAUCACGAGGGAACGGUCCCUUCUACUUCCUCUACAACAUCCAGUGCUACAAUUAUGAAGGAGGAUGAAAAUAAAAAGACGGAAAUGGCUCUUCCUCCUCCUCCCCCUGUCAAAAUUACCGGUGCGAAACCCAGUGAAAACAAUAAGACUGUAACGAUAAUUGAAGAGGUCAUUGCGCUUCCGCCUAUCGAAGUCCAGGCUUUACAAGAGGAAUUUGAAGUUAGAUUGAGAGAAGGAGAGAAGAUCAUCCUCAAGGAAGACAGAAAGGGAAGCUCAUCCAAAACUAAUGACGACGAAGCCUCGUUGCAAGAUGCAAUAGAUCGAUCAUAA